AGAUACUUCUACGAAUGUCGUCAUCUGUUCAAGCGGUACUCCGCUGUAUGGACCAGUAUUAACUUUGAGAUAAAUACUCGAGAGUUUUUAGUGAUAGGAUAAAGAAGUGUUUUAGCCGGGACCGGAGAAAUACUUUGAGUAAAACGGGAUCUUCGAGUUAUAGGAGUUCGAAGUAACGAAGUUUCACUUUAAUAACAAAUGAUAUUUCAUUAUAUCUGACAAAUUUUAUUUUAGACUGUUGAACACUACAAGCUAGCUAUCUACCAUGGGUUAUCGGUGGCUGUCAGUAGUAAUCUUACUGACCAAUGCUGUUUACAUUGGGUGUUUUUUACCUAGCCGAUCUUCCACCACCCUGUCCGAUACCUACACUCACGCUGACAUCACCAAGGCAGGUGUAACUAGGGCAGUGGCCAAUUUUCUGACUGAUCAUGGACUGGUGAAUGGAACACACACAGAUUCUGACAAGGCCCUAAAAACCUAUUUUGGAUCAGAUUUUGACAACCGUGAGAAAUUCGAUAAGCGCAUAGGAGAACUGACGGCUCGAAUGAACUCAGUACAGCGUAAUUUUGGUAAUAUAGCUAUGUAUACCGUCAACGGCGAACGCAUAGAAGAUGCAUUUAACCUAUUAGUAAGGCUGUCUGCACAAACGCGAGCACUGACUUCUGUUAACCCAUACGGCACCGAUACUCAACAGAGGACGUUUGAUUCUCUUGCGAAGGCCCUGUUUGUGAUACAGUCGUUCUACAGUAAUACAAACUGGGUCGAAAUGAAUGGAGCAACAUAUUGUCCUGCUUUUGGAGGUCAUUCUGGACAACUACCACAACGUGCACAUUUUCUGGGUAGCACAUGCCUUGACUGCGACAGUCAAUCAAAAGAGAACUGUCAAAACAAUAUUGUCACAGAUUUCUUAACCAGCGGUUAUAGACCAGAGCAGAAUAUCGACUUACCAACAUUGAUCAGUGGGAAGAAAUGCGGACAUGGCUGGAAUACCAACUAUACUGAACUAGCCAUUGGUGGUAUCAGUAAAGAAACCUCUGACGUCACUUCCUCCCCACAUGCACACAUCCAUUCUCAUGCUGUGGACGCCGCCAUCCAAGCAACUGAAACAUACCUGUACAAGAAUGGCGAAGGCAUUUUGAGCAACCUUACCGUGGAGAAUUUCAAACUCCUGAUGGAUCUGAACUCUUUACAGGCAGUAUCUAAAGCUUCACUAACAUUUGUUAUCGACGUCAGUGGAUCAAUGGCUAACGACAUAAAGGCGGUCACUGAUACUUGCAUCGGUAUAGUGUCAGGUGUCCAGGGCACAAGUAACGAACCAACUAAUUACAUACUGGCAACGUUCAACGAUCCAGAGAGUUUAACGACUGGAACUGUUGUUACCAGUGGAGAUGAUAUGAUCAGUAGCCUUCGUGCUCUGAGAGUUAACGGCGGUGGAGACUGUCCUGAGUAUUCAAUGUCUGGUAUAUUAAAAGGAAUAUCCCUUAGCAGAAAUGGAUCAACCGUAUAUCUUUUUACUGACGCUGAUGCCAAGGACAGGUCUAAAGUAUCAGAAGUGAUCAGAAACGCCAAUUCCAAAGACAUUAAGAUACACCUUCUUCCUACGGGGUCAUGUAGUCGUCGUCGCCGUAGCAUAGGUGAGAGUAGAGUACGUCGUAAUAUAGAUGACAUUUACCGGCAGAUAGCGGAGGGAACGGGAGGACAGGUAUUCGAGACAAGCACUGCAAACCUAACCACUACCCUGUCAGAACUCAUAACCGAAGAGACGCCCUCGUCUGUAAUUGUGGUACAGACAUUUUCUAUGUCCACAACUGACAGUGACCGAAAAGUUGUGAUCAUUGAUUCUACAAUGGACCUCUUUAAGAUAGAGGUCAGUGGUGCAUCAUCAGUAGAUGACGUUGCCGUUGAAGAUCCUACCGGUUCCACUUUACGAUACACAGCCGGUGUCGCGUCACGAUACUACAGUGCUGGGAAGGUUAUCAUAUCAGUUCAGAAACCCAUGGCUGGCAAUUGGACAAUUGUGCGUACACGGAAUCAGGCUCUAGCAGUAAACGUGACAGGAUCGUCUGCGUUUGACUUCAGUAUAGAACUAACGGAACUGGAUGGAAAUGGAAUUUCGUACUUAAUUGUUGGGAGUCCCAUAUCAGGUAACAACUAUACAAUAACAAGUCAGCUCUAUAACUUAGACUACAAUUCUUCGAUAACAUUAAUGACACUUGUUGACAUGGCUGGGAACGAGGUUGAAAGGAUUAAAACGACUGUCCAUCGAACUGGAACAGAUAUGUUUGCUGUUUCGGAUGUCACAAUGCCUCCAGAAAGUUUCCGAGUACAGCUAAUAGGUGUUCUUCCUGAAGGAGAAAGUUUUCAAAGAACUAAUCCACAGGUUAUCUCCCCUGUCAAUGUGAAGCUCACACUGCGCCCUAAUCAAGAUGAAUUCCCACUAAAUGAGCCUCAGAAUAUCACCUACCGACUAAAUAACUAUGGAUCUACCAAUCAGACGCUGGAGGUUGACAUUGACGCCGACUCGGCUCGUCUGACCACUGUGACGUAUGACAUGUACCCUGGAGAGAUCAAAGAGGACCAUUUUCAGGUCACCGGACAUACACAGCAUCAGAUAAUAACCUACACUGUGUCUGUAAGACAGUCGGGCUCUGACACCAUACUGCAAUCUCUUUCCGAUACUGUCUGGUUUGUGAGUCCAGCCUGUAGCAUUAGUAACAACCAAGGAACAUGUCCUGAAAUGGUCGAUCCACCAGCUUCAUGUCAGUCGAUCACCUGGUUCAGUCAAGCAGUAUUGUCCCCGGAUGUGACGUCAUACGAACUUUCGACCAACGAUGACAACGUUGAGAUCUCAACUGACAACUCAACUGACGACGGCAUACAUCUGAAGCACAUCAAUGUGAGUGGCGAUUGCUGUGCUCCGUCUGUGUACCUGUCUACUCUGGGAUCUAGCGGUGAAGUGAACGGUCAGUGUCAUUUCCACUUCGGCUCUGUGCCAACCUUCACCGUCACACAUAUGCCUACCGUUAACGUCAGCACAACUGCAGCGUCGACCAACGCUACGAUAGCCUCAGGCGACUCAAAGAAGUUUUUGAUUGUUGUCAUUGCUGGUUCGGGCGGUACAUUUCUGAUCAUUUUCGUAUUAACGAUUCUCAUUUGGCGUCUUAGAAGUCGUGCGGAGAAAAAUGUUCAUGUAUUCAUGUUAUAG